GCGGUAGCGAGCGGAAGCGAUUCUGCAGCGGUUGCCCGGAUCCCGGUGUAGUGGCCCCCCCACCCCUCCCCUUUCCGCGAUGUCGGAGGAAACCCGACGGAGCAAGUUGGCUGCGGCCAAAAAGAUGUUGAGAGAAUUUCAGCAGAAAAAUGGAACUGGUGUUCCUGCAGGAGCCAAAAAGAAAAGGAAGAUCAAAAAUGGCAGUAGCCCCAAGAAACCAACUUCUGGUGGCCCCUUGCCCAAGGAUCCUCAAGGAGAAGCCAAGUUGAUGCGAACAGCUACUUGCCAUCAGGCUCUCCCUUUAGCGCCCAAAGACCGCGCCACUCCUGCUUCAUCUGCUGAUGACACCGUACUUCCUGGCGGUGUCCGUCUCCUCUGUGCUAGUUCCCCGUGCACUAGCAUGGCAUCACCUAAGAUCUAUGAUGCAGACAAUGGUCCUCUCACCUUGGAUGAAAACAAGACCGUGUCAUCUACUGAGAGCCUGCAACAGAUUUCCCAGGAGCUCAAUGGGCUCGUGUCUGAGUCUUCAUCCUACAUCAAUCGGGAGGGCCUAGCCUCUUCUGCUAAGAUGAAAGAUCUGGAGAAGGAAGAAUUUGAGCGAAAUUUUUCAAAGGAGCAGGGAGAUCUAAGGGAACAGCUUCAGGUUCAAAUCCAGACCAUUGGGAUUCUAGUGGCUGAGAAGGCCGAGUUAUAUACGGCCCUGACUCGCACCCAGCAGGCAGUCAGGCAGAAAGCAGGAGAGUCAGAGGAUCUCAUGAAUCACCUGCUGUCUUCCUGUCAGCGCAUAGGAGAGCUGGAGCGGACCCUGUCUGCUGUCUCCACUCAGCUGAGGCAGAUGGACAUGAACAACAAAGAGUUAACCAUGGAGUGUGAAAACCUCAAACUGAAGUUAUAUAAAGAGAGCAAAAACAAAGAGGACCUGAAGCGGCAGAACUUAAAAUUGAAAGAGGCACUUCGGGUUUUGCUCGAGGAAAAGCCAGCCACGCAGCAUGGGAUGGAGGAGCUGUGCAACAAACUGGAGACGGCAGAACGCAUGCCACUGUUACCUCUCCAGCCUGGAGUCCCUGAGAGCCCCCAGCAGUUACAGCAGGCCCUGGAGGAGCGGGCGCAGCUGGAGAUGCAUGUUGGGGAGGGGCAGCUGAAGGAGCAAAAUGUUCACCUCCAGCACUUGUCACUCCAGGUGAUCUCAUCUCAGCCUGAGCCGGAGGCCCCUCCUCCCCCCAGGACCAGUGGGGACAGCGUGUCUGGGGAGACCUACCAGGCCCUACAGGUGGCCAUGGAAAAGCUGCAGGAACAGUUUAUCCACCUCAUGGAUGAAAAAGUGGCCAUGAAGGAGCAGAUGGAAGAGCUGGAACAUCACCUGGGCCUGCGCAAUAAUCCCUGCAUCCCCUUCUUUUACCGGGCUAAUGAAGAGCUAAAGAUCCUAGUGAUCUAAGAUCCUGACACUAGCAGGGAAAGCCCGAUGACUUGGGGCCGGGGGCUCUGCCCCCACUUCUUCCCUACCGCCCCUCCCCUGCCUCCUUGCCUGCCCCCCCUUUUCUACCACCCAUUCACCUCCCAGUGCCCUCCAUACUGCCCCCUCUCCACCACCCCCAGCAGCCCAGCACCCUACUGGCUGGUACGUGCAGCACAGACCUGGGGCACGCAGCCACUGGGCACACUGAAGGGCACGCAUGGGCUGAGUCACAACACAGAAGCUCACCCGCACACAGAAGGCACUUGCAGCAGCUCCCUGCACACCGGCAGGCUCAGAGGACCAUCCACCCUGUUCCAUAAGGGGCAGGGCUUGCUUUCUUGGGGUCUGGCUGUCACUUUUCAGCCCAAGAGUCUUCCAUGGCUCCCUACUGCCCAUAGCACUGAGUCCCAACAAGUCAAAACUCCUCUGUGGCCUUUGAAGAUUCCCCAAACCUUCCCUGCCCUACCCAGGUCAACCUGCUCGCAUUCCUCCUUGCUCUCUGCAUUCUCUCCUCUGCCAGGCGGCUCUCCUCAAUAUACCCCAUGUGAAACCUUUCCAUCACUCAGAAAGAUCUGUUGGGCAAUGCUGCAAAACCCGCCAGCUGAGAGCCUGCCGUGGAGUAAUGCCACCUUAGACUUUCCAGCCGCAGCUGAGUCACCACAUGACUGCAGCUCUUUGCACGACCCCAGGUGAGGCCAACUGAAGGACCGCUGAGCUGAGCUUCACCCCCAAUUCUUAGACUCAUGAGCAAAUACAGUCAUUAU